UCACAAGUGAUGGCAAUCGGGUUCUCGAGUUCAACGAGAAGUUUGUGGAAGCGUUGGCCAAAGAGUCGGAGUGGCGAUCGUUUCUGGUGUUGUUUUACGCCCCGUGGUGUCAUCACUGCCACCUACUAUCACCCAUCUGGACACAAGUGGCCCAACACAUCCACAACCACGACCAGGACAUCUAUGUCGGUCGUGUCGACUGCACUAAACACACCGCUGUCUCCACACACUUCGCCAUCAGAGGCUUUCCCACCAUUUUGUUCAUCCGAAGAGACAAACGCAUUGAAUUCCGCGGCGAGAGAUCCAAGAAUGAGAUAAUCGACUUCGCCCUCCGAGUCAAUGGUCCGCCGGUUCGGCAUAUCGUCGACUGCUCUCAAAUCGAUCCCUUAAGACAAAAACAUGACGUGUUUUUCGCUCAUUUCGGCCAAAAUCUGAACGAAAACUUCUCGAAAGCGGCCGAAAGUCAUCAAAGCAUUGAUUGGUUUUAUCACUCGCCCAACACUUGUCAUCAAUUUUCAGAUGGAAUUUAUGCCAUAAAAUCUAAUAAUUACCACAAAAUAUAUGAUGAAAAUGAAUCGGAAUUAGAAGAUUGGAUUAAAUUGCAACGAUUCCCACAAUUUGUUAAGAUUACAAACGG